CUAUUUUCUUUAGAGAUCUUACGAAAUUCGUCCUACAGAUGCUUUCAUAUUUCUUUUAGCACUUUAAGUAAAACGGGGUGAGACCGGAAGAUUCUUUCUAUUCUUUUCUAAUAGCAAUCCUCUGCUUGAGAAGCAAAAUAUUUGAUACUCGAUAAGACAGUGAUCUCGAAAAGAGCCCGAUCAAAGGUUUGUGUUAACCUAUUUAGUAGAAUCUAAUAUGAAUGGGUGCACCUCGUCAUACUUAGCAUAUGGAACAUUAACAUAUAUGCAAAUGAUCGGACUGUUUUUAUAUGUAUAUAUCUGUUAUUAAUGAACGAAAUAAAAAUCUCUAUAAUUAUUGAAUCGAGUUACUUUGCAUUAUAAAUAAAGCAAAAAAAAUAAAUACAGAUCCAGUACAGUUUGGUAGUUAGUUCCAUUAGCGCUACUUAAGAAUUUAAACCAGUGAGAAGAAAUCAUAAAUAACAAGCCACUGCAAACGAAACCUUUGGAAAAUGAAGCCUAAUGCUUGGAAAAUGAUAACCUGUUUCGUUUCGGAAUUUAUUGGCGCCUUUAUGCUGGUUUUCCUUGGGUGCAUGGGUUGCAUUUCGACGCCGUUGAUAUCUAAUAAUCAUUUCCAAAUGUGUUUCAAUUUUGGUUUAGUCGUCAUGAUAGUAGUUCAGUGCUGCGCUUGUGUCUCCGGUGCGCAUGCAAAUCCAGCUAUAUCGAUAGCUGCUCUCAUCUAUGGAACGUUGACCUUGCCAAUGACAUUCAUUUACUGCAUCGCUCAGAUGUUGGGUGCUUUCGUUGGUUACGGCCUAUUAAGGGGUAUACUGCCCGAAGUCAUACGGGAAGCUCCACAUGCAAAUCAUGCCUUAUGUGUCACCACAGUCCAUCCAGAACUCUAUCCAUUACAAGGAGUAUUUGUCGAAUUUAUUGCUACGGCUAUCCUGUUAUUGAUUUGCUGUGCUGUGUGGGAUGCGCGUAACGUCAACUAUCACGAUUCAGUGUCUAUUCGCUUCGGUCUGGCUGUUGCAUGCUUGGCGAUCACAGCAGGGCCUUACACAGGAUGCAGUAUGAAUCCGGCUCGCUCGUUUGCGCCCGCUCUAUGGAAUGUUGAUUUCACGGAUCAUUGGGUUUAUUGGUUGGGGCCAAUAUCGGGCGCUAUCACAGCUACUUGUUUAUGGAAAUACAUUUUAAGAGCUAAAGAGGAAAAAAAGAUAUUCGAAAGAGAAGAACUUCCUCUUAAUUAGAGAGAACUUUAUUAUCCUUUUUUUUUUAAUAUUUUUAAAAAUUAAUUAUUAAAAAAAUUAUUGAGAGCUCAUUAACGGGUAGCACUUAUGAUUUAUUUCGUUAACAAGAUUGUAAAUUUGUAAUUUAUAAGAAUACAAAAUAGUUAAGAGAGCAGUUAUGCAUUUACAUUUAUUGUAAAAAUAAACAAAUUCUAUUUUAUAUUUUAAAAAAAAAAUUAUU